CAUCCAAUGGUCUGAGUGGUGCUGGUAGUCUGUACGCGGUGAACACACUUGACGGGACGGGACAGCGGUACUGAGGGGGGUGACUCUGGCGACAGCAGCUGCAGUAGCACCAACACUUCUACAAUCCGAAUGGACAAAAACAUUUAGGGGUUAUUACCACCUGGAACAAAUAACCAUACCGAGCAUGAAAAUAUCGCGUUUGAGUAUCUCCCCUUCCGAGCAUGGACUGACCAAAUCCCUCUGUGGAUGAUUUGAUGGGGCUGCUCCGAGUCAUGAUGCCGCCCAAGUUGCAGCUUCUGGCGCUGCUGGCGUUCGCAGUGGCCAUGUUCUUCCUGGAGAACCAGAUCCAGAAGCUGGAAGAGUCCCGGGGAAAGCUCGAGCGAGCCAUUGCCAGACAUGAGGUACGGGAGAUCGAGCAGCGGCACACCCAGGACGGCCUGCGGGAGCGGGACCCGGCAACCUCCGUGUCGGACAGCGAGGAUGACAUGGUCAUCAUCUACAACCGUGUACCCAAGACCGCCAGCACCUCCUUCACCAACAUCGCCUACGACCUGUGUGGGAAGAACCACUACCACGUCCUGCACAUCAACACCACCAAGAACAACCCGGUCAUGUCCCUGCAGGACCAGGUGCGGUUUGUUAAGAAUGUGACUGAAUGGAAGGAAAUGAAGCCUGCUUUCUACCACGGUCAUGUCUCCUUCCUGGAUUUCACCAAAUUCGGGGUGAAGAGGAAGCCCAUCUACAUCAAUGUGAUAAGAGACCCCAUUGAAAGGCUGGUUUCCUAUUAUUACUUUUUGCGUUUCGGGGAUGACUACAGGCCCGGCUUGAGACGCAGGAAACAAGGUGAUAAGAAGACAUUUGAUGAAUGUGUAUCAGCUGGUGGCUCUGACUGUGCUCCAGAGAAGCUCUGGCUCCAGAUUCCCUUUUUCUGUGGUCAUUAUUCUGAAUGCUGGAACGUGGGCAGCCAGUGGGCCCUGGACCAGGCCAAAUAUAACCUGGUGAAUGAGUACUUGCUGGUCGGAGUAACAGAAGAACUGGAAGACUUUGUCAUGAUGCUGGAGGCCGCGUUGCCACGUUUCUUCAAAGGAGCCACGGAGCUGUACAAAACAGGAAAGAAAUCCCACCUAAGGAAGACCAGCGAGAAGAAACCUCCUACAAAGGAGUCCAUCGCUAAGCUGCAGCAGUCGUCCAUCUGGACGAUGGAAAACGACUUCUAUGAGUUUGCUCUGGAGCAGUUCCAGUUCGUCAGGGCGCACGCCGUCAGAGAAAAGGACGGGGAGCUCUACCUGCUGGCUCAAAACUACUUCUACGAAAAGAUUUACCCUAAAAACUAGAGGCUCAUGUCUGGGGAAGAGUUUGGGGUAAACAGAGUACCUUGUGGACACAUGGCUGUGUAGUCAGAGGCUAAACAAAAGAAAAAUUGAAGCGAUGUGAGACGUAAGGACUACUUCUGAUGGAGAACUGAAUGUAAAUCAGCUGCAAAUCAGACGUAAAUCGUCACCAGCUGCUCGUGCCAACUGGACGCGGAGCUUGUGUUUUGCCAGCAGGUUGCAUCCCCAGCAGCUCCUUCACUCUGUGUUCCUUCCAUGCCAAAGUUCGCCUGUGCUGAGGCGAUCCGGCCAACCGUGGAUCCGGUGUUGACCCCCAUUUGGCCUCACUGUACUUUGAUUCUGAGAAAAAGAUAAACAUUUUCAUUGGCUCUGUACUGUUUGGUUGUUUUUGGUCUCUUUACAGUGAUUGUCAUCGUUUUUUAAAACAAAGUUUCAUGACAUCACCACCACAAACUGACUGAGACUUCCUGUAGGAAGUCGGCUGCUUUGCUGUGUCUUCGGACUUGCAGGAGAACAUGUGAGGGUAUCUUUUUGAAACAGUUGCUCGUGAACUCUUCACCAGGGCAGGUGUGUGUGUUUUAUACUGUACUUGAUUUGUGACUCUUGUAACUGUUGGCAGUGAUGGAUGUUUUUACACAUGAUACAUGAUGAAGAACACCAUGAUGAAGAUGCUGCGUCUGUAAAUAUUUACAUCUUUUCCCAACCAUUUCAUUUCAAACCAUCUUUCACUUUUCACUCAACAUUUAAUUUUUUCAAGUCAUUUCACUGGAAAACCAUGGAAACAUGGGAAUUUGUUAAAAAUUUUACUUUGCGUAUUUACUUGCUGAGAGUUUUGUGGGAAAUAAUUUUCAUAAUUCUUUGGUACUUGGUUAUGUAAGGCUGCAGCAGGGAAUUGCUUCACUCCAAACACAAAGACUGAAACCUUUCUGUAACGUAACCCCUGUGAAAGAUUUUAACUCACUAUUGUGAUUCAUUUAAAAUGUUGUUUUUCUGCCUGAGGUUUCUGCACUGUUUUCAGUGUUUAUGCUAAGCUAACCUGCUGAAGCAUUAUAUUUAACAGCUCUUCUUC